UCAGUUUCUAUUUUUAAAUUAGUACAAGCACUACAAAAUAUUUAGAUAAUUAAUGACCAUGGUAAAGGAUAUUAUCAAUACUAUUAAAUGACAAAGAUAAUAUUAUUAUCAUGCCGACGAUAAAAUAGGCAUAAAUAACUGAGUAUAUUCCCUUAGAAAAUGUAAUACCAGCCGAUAAUAAUCCAACAACUAGUUUACCACUCACUGGAAAUAGCAUACCUAAAAAAAAACGCAAACCAGCUGCAGUAAAACGGCAUCUUGUAAGAAAACGUUUAAAACAUACUACUGAUUGGAUUGAUGUUAAAUCUAAAUGUCAAUUAAACCAAGGAGAGGAACAUCUCAACAGAAAGGGACAAAAUAGAGAUGCAAAGAAAAUAGGCCCACCGUGUUCUGAAAAAUGUAGAAUGAAAUGUUUUACCAAACUUAGCAGUACUGAUCGUAAAACUAUUUUUGAAUUGUACUGGGGAAUAAGUGAUUAUGACAAACAACGUGAGUUCAUAGCUAGAUAUGUAAGAAUAGUUCAGAAAAAACAAUUAAUGGUAAGUUCAUCUCAGUCACGUAGAAAUGUAUCCAGGAAAUAUUUUAUACCUGUACAAAACGAGGAAAUCCAAGUGUGCUAAAAAAUGUUUUUGCAAACAUUUGAUAUUUCUGAUAAAGUAAUUACCUAGCAACAUUUUCAAAAAAAUAAAUACUUCACCAGUUAUACCUGCAGAUCAAAGAGGCAAAAAUUCUAAUCGUCCUCAUGCCAUAAAAGACAAUAUGAAAAAUUACAUAAGACAACACAUUGAAAGUUUUCCUGUUAUUGAUUCCCACUAAGUAUAUUAGAUCUGAAUCUACCAGAAAACAUCUUGAAAAUGGCCUUUCCAUUUCUAAAAUGCAUAGACUCUAUUUAGAAUGGAUUAAAGAGAAACCUAUGACAUCAACACAAGAUAAUUGUAGUAACAUCAUAAAUGUAUCACUUAGACAGUAUACUGACAUAUUCAACAAUGAAUUUAAUUUGUCAUUAUUAAACCUAAAAAAGACCUUUGCGACAAAUGCGAGACAUAUAAAUUGGCCAGCUUAGAAGAAAAAAAUAAAUUACAAGUUUCAUAUGAUAAACAUUUGUCUAACAAAACAAUUGCAUGACUGAGAAAGAACCUAACCUAACCCUAAAGAAAGGGCAAUAAACAAUCCUAAAUAUUGUGUUGUUGUCUUUUACCUACCAAAGGUGUUGACUUCUCCUCAGAGUUAAGUAAGUAGUUUUUACUACAAAAGAAAAUAUGCUACUUACAAUUUCACAAUUUUUGACAUUGGUAAUAAGCAAGAUUAUUGUUAUAUGUGGACUGAAACUGAAGGUAAUAGAGGAUCAAAUGAAAUAGGAACAUGCUUGUUAAAAUUUAUUGAACUUUUAAAGGAUAGAGGUGUAGAAGAAUUCAUUUUCUACUCUGACAACUGUGGAGGACAAAAUAGGAAUAUAUACAUUUAUUCUAUGUGGGAAUACGCUGCUUCAAUCUACAAAGUUACCAUCAUUCAUAGACUUUUUGAGAAAGGGCACACACAAAAUGAAGGCGACAGUAUGCACGCCACCAUUGAAUGUGCUAAAAAAGGCAAAAUAAUAUAUGUCCCAUCUCAAUGGAUGACUUUGGUAAGAUGUGCCAAACUCAAGAAAAAUUUGUAUGUGGUUUACGAAUUGUCCAAUGAAGACUUUUUGAACUUUAAGCCAUUAUUUAAAAAUAAAAGGCUAAAUUGGAAACUAUCAACAAAAAAAGAAAUAAUAAAGUGGAAUAAUAUUAUUUAAUUUAUUUUGAUUCAUCAAAACCUGUUGGGUGUCUUGUUUGAAAAUCCGCCACCUUAUUAAAAACCUCUUGUUUAUAUUAUCCAUGUUUCUUUUUUUUAGUUAAAACAUAUUAUGUUUAAGAUCAUUUUUUAUUUUUUGAUGUUAAGUAUCUAUUGUUAAGGCACGCCUUGGGGGGUAAGACCAACUUGUAUGCUGUGACUACUAACUGCAUUAUGUAAAAUAAAUAAUAUAGUAAUAAUAACCUCAAUAAUACUUUGUAAUUUUGCAACAUCCUUAUGACAACAUUCCUUGAACAAACAUUUUAUCAAAAAUAUUUUUUUGUCUUGUAUA